AUGGCCCCCCUGAAGCCCCUCAAGCCCGGCGCCAGCAGCAGCGACGCCGAGGGCGGCCAGGCCCCCUCCGACCAGCAGCAGCAGCAGCCCCUCGCCCAGCCCCCCGCCCAGCUGCUCGACCUCAUCGAGCAGUUCCUCGCCGACAACGUCUUCCGCGCCGCGCACAGCGCCUUCAAGAAGCAGCGCGCCAAGAAGGGCUGGGGCGAGCUCUCCUCUGAGUCCAGCAACGGAGGCGUCACCCUCGUGAGCGUCUUCGAGGCCUGGCAGAAGAAGAAGAAGGCUGACAGCGAGAGCGAGAGCGACGAGGCCGACAAGAAGCCCUCGUUCCGCAAGGCCUCUCCUCCCAAGGGCAACAAGAACUUGAAGCGCAAAAAGCCCGCCAGCUCCAGCUCCGACUCCUCCUCCAGCAGCAGCAGCAGCAGCUCCGAUUCCAGCUCGUCCGACGACUCUAGCUCCGACUCGGACUCGUCCGAUGAACAGCCCCGUCUUAAGAAGCAGAAAGUCGCCGCCCCCGAGUCCAGCAGCAGCAGCAGCGAGUCCGACUCCGACUCCGAGUCGUCUUCUUCUUCGUCAUCGUCAAGCAGCUCCGACGAGUCCAGCUCCUCAGACGAGAGCUCCAGCUCCGACGAGAGUUCCGACAGCGAGUCCGAGGUCGAUGCCGCGGAAGCAGCAAAGGUCCCCCUCCCCGAGUCAGACUCUUCGUCCUCUGACUCGUCAUCAGACUCCUCCUCCGACUCGGACUCGGACGCAGACAAAAACAAGAAGACGAAGAAGAACAGCAACAAGAAGGCCGCCAAGAAGGAAGUCAAUGGCGUCUCCAAGCUAUCCCAAUCCUCUUCGUCGUCCUCCUCCGACUCCUCCGCCACAAUCGACUCCCUCCCCAACCCCCCUUUGCCCCCCAACCCCAACGACGUCCAAAAGGACGCCAAGGGCAAGGGCAAGGCCAAGACGGAGCCCUUCUCCCGCGUGCCCCGAGGCAUCAAGGUCGAUCCCAAGUUCGCCUCCAACGAAUACGUCCCCAUCAGCUACUCCCAGCGCGCCCACGAGGACCUCAUCGUGACCAAGGGCAAGGGCUUCACCAAGGAGAAGAACAAGAAGAAGAAGGGCAGCUUCCGCGGCGGCCCAAUUGACAUUACUGAGAAGAAGAGCAUCUACUUUGAUGACUAG